AUGGCUAUCGACGAGGAGAAAGGGCUCCCGUCUGCACCGGCCAUGAUGACCAGCAAGGCCUUUGACGGCGAGAAGGGCUUCGACACCACGUCCAGUCCGACGUCGGAGGAGUCCCCUCAGCUGUACAACAACACCCCCGUCCGCCAGGACAAUGGCCUCCUGUCUAAGCUGCGUCGGCUUGAGGCUCGCAUGGACGAGAAGUUGGGCGUCGAGAGCGAGGCCAUCGACCGCAAGCGUCCCGAGGACAAGAAACCCGUGCCCUGGCACGAGCAGCUCACCAUGGCGCUGCUCUGGGCCAGCGGGACCAUGAACACGUCCUGCUUCGCCACCGGAUUUUUGGGCUGGGAGUUUGGAUUGAGUCUCAAGCAGUCCAUCCCCAUUUACAUCCUGGCCUCCAUCCUGGGCGGCUCCGUGACCGGCUACUGCGCGACGUUCGGCGCCGCCACGGGCUUGCGACAGAUCUCGGUCUCGCGGUACAGCUUCGGAUGGUACCCGAACAAGAUCAUCGCCGCCCUGAACACCGUCCAGCAGAUCGGCUGGGCCGCCGUGUCGUGCAUCACCGGGGGUCUGGCACUCAACGCCGUGGCCGACGGGCACGUCUCCCUGGCCGUGGGAAUCGUCAUCUUGGCCAUUGUGGCGCUGUGCAUCUCAUUCGUCGGCCUCAACGCCAUCCUGGUCUACGAGCGCUACGCCUGGCUCAUCUUCUUCGUCAUCUUCAUGAUCAUCUUCGGCGAGACGGGCAGACACGCCGACAACACCACCCCGUCGUCCCUGCACGGCGCCACGCUGUCCGGCACCGCCCUCUCGCUGGUCGCCAUCGUCUACGGCUCCUCGGCCUCGUGGUGCACCAUGGCCUCCGACUACUACGUGCACUACCCGGCCACGGUGUCGCGGGUCAAGGUGUUCCUGAUGACGACGUUCGGCAUCAGCAUCCCGACCUCGAUCGGCAUGGUCGCGGGCGCCGUGGUGGCGUCGGCCCUCAACAACAAACCUAGCUGGGAGGCCGCGUACGAGAACCAGGGCCUGGGCUUCCUGAUCCAGGACAUGCUGCACCCGCGCGGCUUCGCCAAGUUCCUGCUCGUGCUGCUCGUGCUGUCCGGCAUCAACACCAACGUCAUCUCCAUCUACUCGGCCGCCAUCUCGUGCCAGCAGUUCGCCCGGCCGCUCGCCCGCGUGCCGCGCUUCAUCUGGACCUUCGCCUGCUUCGCCGCCAUCCUGGGCAUCGCCCUCGGCGGCCGCGAGAAGCUCAACACCUACCUCGUCAACUUCCUCUCGCUGCUGGGCUACUGGUGCACCUCGUACUUCGUCAUCCUGUUCUCCGAGCACGUCAUCUUCCGCCGCCGCAACUUCGCCAACUACGACCUCGACGCCUGGAACGAUCCCCGCCGCCUGCCCCACGGCAUUGCCGCCUUCGCCGCCUUCGGCCUGGGCAUCGUCGCCUGGUGCAUGGGCAUGGUCGAGACCUGGUACACGGGCCCGCUGGGGAAACUGAUCGGUGACUACGGCGGCGAUGUGGCCAACGAGUUUGCCUUUGUGGUGACCGGAUUGGUAUACACGCCCGCGAGAUAUCUGGAGCUGAAGUACUUUGGACGAUAG